AGAGGAGGGAGGAGGAAAAGAGGCAGAGAGGCAUCAGCAGCAGCCGGAGAGUGACGGAGAGUGAAAGGAUAACCGAGAGGAACGACAGAUUCAGAUCCUGAGCGAGAAGCCGACAGACAUAAAGAGAGGGAUACAGGCUACUUUCUCAGAGUUGAUCCAUGAUAGAAGCCAUGCCGGUCCUCUCAGCAGGUGCAGGGCUGCACGAGACGCUGGCCCUGCUCACCUCUCAGCUGCGUCCUGAUGCCAAUCACAAAGCGGACAUGGUCUUCCUCAGAGACGUUUUCAGUGAGAGGAGCCUGACUUACCUCAUGAAGAUCCACGAGAAGCUGCGUCAGUAUGAAAGGCAGAGCCCCAUACCGGUGCUCCACAGCGCCUCCUCUCUCGCCGAAGACGUUGCUGAGGAACUGCAGAGUGGCCCCAUGAGUGUCGAGGAGAAAGAGCUGCUCCACUUGCUGAUGUCACCUCACUUACGGGCGCUACUGUCCGUUCACGACACAGUUGCGCAGAAGAACUUUGACCCAGUGCUACCUCCACUUCCUGAUGACUUCAACGACGAGUUGGAGGAAGAGUCGGUCAAGAUCGUACGCCUGGUCAAGAACAAAGAGCCGCUGGGGGCCACCAUUCGACGUGAUGAGUCCACAGGAGCCGUCAUUGUAGCGCGCAUUAUGAAAGGUGGAGCUGCAGACAGGAGUGGUCUGGUGCAUGUAGGUGAUGAACUUAGAGAAGUGAACGGCAUCUCCGUGAUGCACAAGAGGCCAGACGAGAUCAGCCAACUAUUAUCUCAGUCGCAAGGCUCCAUUACAUUAAAGAUCAUCCCUGCCAUUAAAGAAGAGGACAGGCUGAAAGAGAGCAAGGUCUUCAUGCGGGCGCUGUUCGACUAUGUUCCUUUAGAGGACAAGGCCACGCCCUGUCAGGAGGCAGGGCUACCGUUUAAGCGCGGCGACAUCCUGCAGGUUGUGAGCCAGGAUGACGCCACCUGGUGGCAGGCAAAGAAAGUCGGGGACAGCAACCUGCGCGCCGGACUCAUCCCGUCCAAACAGUUCCAGGAGAGGCGGUUGGCCUACAGACACAAAAUGGGCACUUUACCGAAUUCCAAAUCACCCAAACAAACUGCAUAUGACCAGGGAUGUGACAAAGAGGACUGUGACUGUGAGGGCUAUUUCAAUGGACACUACAUAGCCGGUCUGCGAAGGAGUUUCCGUCUGAGCCGUAAGGAUCGGCAGAGCCCGACAGGGGAGGCCAACGCGUCCGACCCCACCGAGCCUGAGCUGCUCACCUACGAGGAAGUGACACGAUACCAACAGCGGCCCAAUGAGAGACCUCGGCUAGUGGUGCUCAUCGGGUCUCUCGGAGCACGAAUUAAUGAGCUGAAGCAGAAAGUAAUAGCAGAAAAUCCCCAUCGCUAUGCUGUAGCUGUACCCCACACGACGCGGCCCAGGAAGAGCCAUGAGAAGGAAGGGGUCGAGUACCACUUUGUCUCCAAGCAGGUCUUCGAAGCUGACGCUCAAAACAACAAGUUUAUUGAGUAUGGAGAGUAUAAAGACAACCUGUACGGCACAAGUAUAGAGGCCAUCCGCUCUGUCCAAGCCAAGAACAAGAUGUGUCUGGUGGACGUGCAGCCUGAGGCGUUACAUACCCUGAGGACUGCCGAGUUUAAGCCUUAUGUCAUCUUUGUGAAACCUCGGAUCCAUGAGGGUCGUAGACGUCGCAGUGCUUCUUCGCCCGCAGCAGGAGAGCACGGGAGACUCACAGAGGAGGAUCUGCAGGAGAUGCGUCAGUCGGCGCAGCAGAUCGAGCAGGAGUAUGACCACCUGGUGGAUCAGGUCCUGAUUAAGGAGGACACUGCGAGUGCCUGUGCAGAACUGCGCAUCAUCCUCGAGCGCCUGGAGAGGGAGGCCUUCUGGCUGCCAGUCAGCUGGGUCAGGAACUAAAAAAAGAGGACAAAAUAGGACACGAGAUUCUCUCCUUCACUGCAGAGCAUAACUGAGGUCUUUCUGUGGACGAUGGACAACUCUAGAAGCUCUCCUGAAGGAGAGGAACAAAACUGAUGAUCCCUCAAAGUUUGCUACACUUGGGGCAUUAAAAAAAACCAAAACAAAUCUGAGCAUCUUCUAUACACAAUUAUGCAUACACAAUAUGGACAAUGAUUAUAUAUAUGCACCAUGGCUGCUUCUUUUUGAAUUCUGUUUGUAGAUAUGAGUUUAUUCAAAUCAUCUAAAUUAUUUUAUUACCCGGUUUUGGAAUUUAAUUUAAAGAAUCGUGCACCGUGUCAAAAAAAUAUUACAUUCCGCACACGUAUUUCCCCGGAUUAUUUAGCAAUGUGUUCGUAGCGACUGCUAAAACCUUUCGGAUUGAAAUGUUACAACUCGACACCCCGACAACCUCCAACCUCUGAACUUUGACAACUCUGUUGAUUGGGAAAGAAAAAAAAAAAAAAAAAAAAACAUCAAAA